AUGUCCUCUGAAGACGAAGACGUACCCCAAUUAUCAGCACAUACAUUUGCAGCCCUACAAGACUUUUAUCGAGAACAAGAAGAGCGAGAGUCCAAAGAAAUACAGGCAAAAGAACUUGCUCUAACUGGAGGAGUUGAUUUCGAUGAAAAUUGGCAACUAAGUCAGUUUUGGUAUGACCAAAAUACUAUUGACGGUUUAGCAGAUCUUGCAUUAGAAUCAGUUGGAAAAAAUAGUAAAAUUGCUUUAGUUUCAUGUCCUACAUUGUACCAGGCAAUAAAAGAAAAAGCAGGACCGGAGGCUGAAGUCACCCUAUUUGAGUUUGAUCAAAGAUUUGCAGCUAUUGGAAAAGACUUUGUCCUUUACGAUUACAAGGCACCUUUGAAUAUUCCCAGAGAAAAAGCCAGCUACUAUGAUAUAGUCCUAGCAGAUCCUCCGUUUUUAUCUGAAGAAUGUCUUACUAAAACAGCUGUUACUAUAAAAUUUUUAACCAAAGGAAAAAUAAUACUUUGUACAGGUGCCACGAUGGCAGAAUUAGCCCAAAGACUUUUGGAUCUUAGGAAAAACAAAUUCGAACCUAAACAUAAAAAUAAUUUAGCUAACGAAUUUUGGUGUUUUACAAAUUUUAACGAUGACAAUAAAAAAUCUGGUUUAUGA